CCUACGUCUGGACCGACUCGUGGCACCCGUCCACCACCGUUGGCUCCAUUGAGGAGAAAAAAAGAAAGAGAGAGGAAGAGAGCCAGAUAAAGGCGCAGGCCGACUACAUAUCCAGCCCUGCCAUCCAUCGCUCACUCACCUGCUCGCUCACAUAAAAUCUAUUCACCUACCACGCCAUCACGCAAACCUUGCCCAUGCCUUGCCCCUGCCACCAACCCGGCCGGCGUCGCUGUGCAAGGUGUCAGACCCUGCACGGCGUCGGCUGCGCUCCGGGGCAAGAGGUCCCGGCCCCGGUCCCGGCCUACCCCGCCAUGUUUCCUGAGGAAGAGCUCGUGCUGCGCGAGAGUGCCGCGGGGGGGAGUUCUCGGCCUGGUCGGCAUGUCGCUGUCGCCGUCGCUGUUGCUGUCAGUCGGACACGUGCGAAGAGCUCGGAGGAUGUGGAUGUGGCUGAGAAUAGCAGUACCACCACCACCACCACCACCAACGCCCCCACGAUCUACACGCCUAGCUCCUCCUCCGCCGCCGCCGCUGCGCCCUCGUCGUCCGGUUACGCCACUUGCGCUGGCAGCAAUAGCAGCAAUAGCGGCAAGAGUCCGCGCGGCGGCGCUGCGCCACCACCAGCGGUUGCCCCCCACGCCGUGGCGCAACGAACGACGACGACGUCACCAGCACCAGCAACAAUGACGGCAUUCGAGACCGCGCUAGCCGCGCGGGAUGCGCCGUCAUCGCCGUCACCCCACCACUCCUCCCACCUGCGAGCAGGGCCCUGCCCCUGGUCCCCGGAACUGCGCUACAAUGCCGCGAGGGGAAGGGAGGCGUGCGCGCGUGUUGGUGCGUGGUAUGCUGAUGAGGGGCGGUAGCGGUGGCCUGGACCUGGACCUGGACCUUGAUGGGAAAGGAAUUUUAAGGCGGGCUGGGCCUGCUGCGGUUGCUUCUGUUGGUGGUGGGUGGGUGGGUGGUUGGUUUGGUUCGUUUGGACGAAUGGAUGGAUGGAUGCUGCGCUGUGUGGAUGUUGGAUGUGCGACAUAGGAUGUCGGAUAUCGGACUU